ACAAUGAGGAUCAUAAUUUUUCUCCUCACUUUGAGCAUUUUCUCAUGUUCAGGGUUCCCAGUGUAUGACUAUGAUCUCCCUGUCACAGAGGAGGCUCUCAAUGCUUCCAUUGCCCGGAUCAAUUCCCAGUCAUGGAGCAGAAACCUGUAUGGCGUUGUCAGGAGCCGAGUCAUGGGUGUGGACACGUGGGACAGCGACACUUACGGGUUAGAUCUGCGCUUCAGCAUCCGCGAGACUGUGUGCACCAAAGCUUCGGGGAGAGACCCCUCCACCUGUGACUUCAAAAGUGGUCCUUUCGUGCCCACUGCUUCCUGCAGGAGCGUUGUGGAGGUCUCCGGGGGACUGAUUGCCAACCUCACCGUGCGGUGCCAUCGCAGUGCGGUCAGCUCUGAAUCCAUGAGCAGCGAGGAGAUGAUGCAUGUGCCCAUAAGGACCCCUGACAGGCGGGGCAACGCUCCCAGGGAAGAUGAUGCCUUUGCUCCUGAAGCCUUCCCUUCAAGGGGAAGAGGCAGCAGCCGUGGAGACUGGAACAAACCCAGCUACUUCAACCCUGACAGGAUGGAAUAA